AUGGCUUCCAACCAGUCUGCUCCAAGUUUGGGGCCUAGACCUCAACAAAUGAUUCUUUAUCUAGUGCAGGUGCUUAUAAUCAUUUUUCUUUACAUCAACAGUCUAAUGAUCACAACAUUCUUCAUGAAGGAGUUUUUUUACCGAACUAUGCGCUACAUUUUGUUCACUAGCGCCCUCAUGGCUGACUGCUUGUACCUUGUCGUUACAAACAUUUUAAUGAUCUUUACUUAUUUUAAAAUUUAUAUGCAGAUGUGGCUGUGUUUAAUUAUCGUCAUUACAUCAGUUUUGCUUAACGUCAUCACACCGGUCACAUUAACUGUAAUGACUCUGGAGCGCUACGUAGCAAUCUGCAUGCCCUUACAACAUGGGCAGCUUUGCUCAACACAAAGAGCACUGUACUGCAUUUUGGUUAUUCACGGAGUUAGCUUUAUCCCGUGUCUCAUCAUGAUACUAGCAGUUUUCGUAACUGUAAAUGUUAGCUUGUAUCGGGAGGAUGUUAUCUGCUCCGUGGAAAAGAUGACAAUUGCAAUCUGGCAGAGUCACUUAAGGUCAGGGGUCAGUCAGUUUUACUUCCUGGUAAUGUUUAUCGUAGUUGUGUUUUCUUAUAUUAAAAUAAUGAGAGUGGCACAGGCAGCAACGGUAGAGAAUAAGAAGGCUUCGAAGAAAGGUCUACAGACAGUAUUGCUCCAUGCCUUCCAGCUGCUCCUCUGUCUCAUCCAGUUCUGGUGUCCGACUCUGGAAACAGCCUUACUGCAGAUUAGUGUCAUUUUGUACAUCAAUGUUAGGUAUUUUAAUUACAUCGCGUUUAGUCUGACACCGCGUUGUCUCAGUCCACUCAUUUAUGGACUCCGGGACAAGGAGUUUUUUGAAGUGUUGAGGUUCUAUGCCUCGUGGGGUCUGUACAAGAGAAAAAUCACUUAUGUAUCUUAA